CCGUUGAUGCCGCUGAGCUCCCCCAGCGCCGCCGCCACCGCCUCCGACAUGGACAAGAACAGCGGCUCCAGCAGCUCCUCCGCCUCCUCGGGCAGCAGCAAGGGGCAGCAGCCGCCCCGCUCCGCCUCGGCGGGGCCGGCGGGCGAGUCUAAACCCAAGAGCGAUGGAAAGAACUCAAAUGGAUCCAAGCGUUAUAAUCGCAAACGUGAACCUUCCUAUCCCAAAAAUGAAAAUUUUAGCAACCAGUCCCGUCGCUCCAAUUCACAGAAAAGCAAAACUUUUAAUAAGAUGCCUCCUCAGAGGGGCGGCGGCGGCAGCAAACUCUUUAGCUCUUCUUUUAAUGGUGGAAGACGAGAUGAGGUAGCAGAGGCUCAACGGGCAGAGUUCAGCCCUGCCCAGUUCUCUGGUCCUAAGAAGAUCAACCUGAAUCACUUGUUGAAUUUCACAUUUGAACCCCGUGGCCAGGCAGGUCACUUUGAAGGCAGUGGACACGGCAGCUGGGGGAAGAGGAACAAGUGGGGACAUAAGCCUUUUAAUAAGGAACUCUUUUUACAGGCCAACUGCCAGUUUGUGGUGUCUGAAGACCAAGACUACACAGAUCAUUUUGCCGAUCCUGAUACCUUAGUCAACUGGGACUUUGUGGAACAAGUGCGCAUUUGUAGCCAUGAAGUGCCAUCUUGCCCCAUAUGCCUAUAUCCACCUACCGCAGCCAAGAUCACCCGUUGUGGACACAUCUUCUGCUGGGCCUGCAUCUUGCACUACCUGUCAUUGAGUGAGAAGACUUGGAGUAAAUGUCCCAUCUGCUACAGUUCUGUGCAUAAGAAAGACCUCAAGAGCGUCGUCGCCACAGAAUCACGGCAGUAUGUCGUCGGUGAUACCAUCACCAUGCAGCUGAUGAAGAGGGAGAAAGGGGUGUUGGUGGCUUUGCCCAAAUCCAAAUGGAUGAAUGUCGAUCAUCCCAUCCAUCUAGGAGAUGAGCAGCACAGCCAGUACUCGAAGUUGCUCCUGGCCUCGAAGGAGCAGGUGUUGCGCCGGGUGGUUCAGGAAGAGAAAGUGGCCCUCGAGCGGCAGCUGGCCGAGGAGAAGCACACGCCCGAGUCCUGCUUCAUCGAGGCGGCCAUCCAGGAGCUCAAGACCCGGGAGGAGGCUCUGUCGGAGUUGGCGGAGAGCGGAGGGGAGGUCACGGGUGUUGUGGCUGCUCUGGAACAACUGGUGCUGAUGGCUCCCCUGGUGAAGGAGUCCGUGUUCCCACCCGGCAAGGGUGUACUAGAAUAUCUGUCUGCUUUCGAUGAAGAAACCACCGACGUUUGUUCUCUGGGCUCUCCCCGUUCUCUUGCUCUCCCUCUGGUAGAGGAAGAGGAAGCACUGUUUGAAGCGGAACCCGAGGGCUUGUCCGAGGCCUGUGACGACUCGGAGUUCGCAGAUGACAAUCUCGGAGAGGGGACCGUUGGUCCCGAGUCCAGCCAGCAGGAUCCCACCCCGAAGCCGGGGUUCACGCACCUGAGCAGCUCUCCCUGUUACUACUUUUACCAAGCGGAGGACGGGCAGCACAUGUUCCUGCACCCGGUCAACGUGCGCUGCCUCGCGCGGGAGUACGGCAGCCUGGAGCAGAGCCCGGAGAAGAUCUCGGCCACGGUGGUGGAGAUCGCCGGCUACUCCAUGUCUGAGGAUGUUCGCCAGCGUCACAGGUACCUCUCUCACCUGCCCCUCACCUGUGAGUUCAGCAUCUGUGAACUGGCUCUUCAGCCUCCCCUGGUCUCCAAAGAAACCCUGGAGAUAUUCUCAGAUGACAUCGAGAAGAGGAAGCGGCAGCGCCAGAAGAAGGCUCGGGAGGAACGCCGCCGAGAGCGCAGGAUCGAGAUGGAGGAGAACAAGAAACAGGGCAAGUACCCAGAAGUCCACAUUCCCCUGGAGAAUCUACAGCAGUUUCCUGCCUUCAAUUCGUAUGCCUGCUCCUCCGACUCUGCUUUGGGUCCCACCAGCAGCGAGAGCCAUGGGGCGCUCUCUCUCUCUCCUCUGAGUAGAAGUCCGAGUUCCCAAGCAGACUUCCUGCUGACGCCUCUGUCACCUACGGCCAGUCAGGGCAGUCCCUCGUUCUGCGUCGGGAGUUUGGAAGAGGACUCUCCCUUCCCGUCUUUUGCCCAGAUGCUGAGGGUUGGAAAAGCAAAAGCAGACGCGUGGCCCAAAGCUGCUCCAAAGAAAGAUGAAAACAGCCUAGUUCCUCCGGCCCCUGUGGACAGCGACGGGGAGAGCGACAACUCAGACCGUGUUCCCGUGCCCAGUUUCCAGAAUUCCUUCAGCCAAGCCAUUGAAGCAGCCUUCAUGAAACUGGACACACCGGCGACCUCUGACCCCCUCUCUGAAGAAAAAGGAGGAAAGAAAAGAAAAAAACAGAAGCAGAAGCUCCUCUUCAGCACCUCAGUCGUCCAUACCAAGUGACACUACUGGCCCAGCCUACCUUCUCCAUCUGUUUUUUCCCUGUGCUUUUGAUUUGCUGCUGUAAUUUUAAGUAUUUUGAGUUUGAACAGAUUAGCUCUGGGGGGAGGGGGUUUCCACAACAUAAGGGGGAACCAAGAAAAUUUUAAAUACAGUGUAUUUUCCAGCUUCCCGUCUUUACACCAAAAUAAAGUAUUGCCACUCACAAGAGAUCUUUUCCUGCCAAGGAUUUUAGUUUGUUGCCAGGUUAGUCUUUUUUUUGGCCCGCGUGUGAUUAGUUUUCCUCCCGGCCGUCCCCGGAGCAGCCCGGCGCACUCGGCUGGCCUCCGCGUCGGGCACGGGGGUUUCAGAACACCUGAGUUUGCUUUUUAAAAACGUGUUUUUGUUUUUUUUCCUUGAUCCCAUCUGUUCAGUUCUCUCCUCUUGUUCAAGAAACAGGGAUGGGAGUAAAAUGGAUUUAGGUCACCCAGCCUGAAUUGCAGUUUCCCUUCUGAAACUGUCAGGCUGCGGUGCCAGCCGUGGGUUACACUGCGCGCUGGCUGGCAGGGCAGGGCAGGCGUGGCGGAGGCAGGGAGGAAGCCCGGCCCUGCCACCUCCAGGCCAGGUUUCAUUGCCAGUGACCGGAGUUGUAGGAACUGAGUGUGUGACACCUGGAGGCCAAGCAGAGCAGGUCCGUGAGCAGGGGAGGGGGGCUGCCCUCUGCCCCCCAGGGCCCAGAGCAGGGGAGGGGGCUGCCCUCUGCUCCCCAGGGCCAGAGCAGGCUUGUCUCGGUUUAAGCUGAAUUGGAUGUGAAUUCUUUUGCUGCUUAAUAAAAGUAACCUCUAGGUGUAAUAGAGUGUGAAGGUAAAUAGUUACAAUAAAUCACCUGCACAAGCAUUGUGAACUGUUUUUUUUUUUCCCUUUUUUCUUUUUAAAACCCAUUUCACAUCAUCUGGACCAGUGUUUUCUCAACUGGGGAUCCCCAGGAUAUUCCGAGGAGGCCCUAGCAUCAAGGCCAGGGGACCGAUGGGUAGGACAGGGAAGGUAUCGGGUCAGAAGAGGGCCACGGUCAGAAAAAAAGGUCGAGAAUCACUGAUCUAGACAUUAUUUUGACAUAGGUUGAAUGACAUCUAUGGUGAACUUGAGCAGCUCUGCCAAGGAAAAGGGUACUUAAGGUGGGCUUAGGCAGGGGAGGGGCCUCGAGGGAGUGCUAGGGGUCAGAGCCAGGACCCCUCAUACAUACAAAGUUCUACUGCUGUUCUACCACAUCCCCAGCCCUUUGUGUGUGUGUGUUGCUUAAGACUUUUUAAUAUCCAUUUUUACAAUGUGUAAAAUUUGUUUUUAUAAUCAAACUGAGCAGUUUUUAUCCCAGUCCAUUUCUCCAUAAUAAAAUGCAUACCAAAGUCCCUUG